GAGGAUAAACGAGGAAAGUGGGAGAGCAAGUGCAGUCUGAGCGGCGAAGCUCGAACUCUGUUGAUCUGUUCUGUGACGAUAUCGAUUUCAGGUUGAAACGAAAAGAUGGCUUCACCAGCUCUUAUUUGUGACACUCAACCCUGGAAGGACCUGAAGGCCCAUGUUGAGGACAUCAAGAAGACACAUUUACGUGAUUUGAUGAAUGAUUCUGAACGAUGCAAGUCAAUGAUGCUCGAGAUUGAUGGGUUGCUAUUGGACUACUCAAGGCAGUGUGCCACUCAAGACACCAUGGAGAAGCUCUUUAGACUUGCAGAGGCAGCACAUCUCAAGCAAAAGAUUAACAGCAUGUACAGUGGAGAGCAUAUAAACAGCACUGAGAAUAGGUCUGUCCUUCAUGUAGCCUUACGUGCUUCAAGGGAUAAAGUGAUUUGCAGUGAUGGGAAGAAUGUGGUCCCUGAUGUUUGGAAAGUAUUGGACAGGAUUAGUGAGUUCUCUGAAAGGGUUCGAAGUGGCUCCUGGGUUGGAGUAACAGGAAAAGCAUUGAAGGAUGUUAUUGCUGUUGGAAUUGGUGGAAGUUUCUUGGGUCCUCUAUUUGUGCACACUGCUCUUCAAACAGAUCCAGAAGCCAUACAAUGUGCAAAAGGACGUCAAUUGCGAUUCCUUGCAAAUGUUGAUCCAAUUGAUGUUGCCAAAAGUAUCACGGGGUUGAACCCUGAAACCACAUUAGCUGUAGUUGUUUCAAAAACUUUUACAACAGCUGAAACUAUGUUGAAUGCUCGGACAUUGAGGGAGUGGAUUUCAGCCGCUCUUGGACCUCAAGCAGUUGCAAAGCAUAUGGUGGCUGUUAGUACAAACCUUACGCUUGUGGAGAAGUUUGGAAUAGACCCUAAUAAUGCUUUUGCUUUCUGGGACUGGGUUGGAGGCCGAUAUAGUGUUUGCAGUGCUGUUGGUGUGUUGCCCCUGUCUCUACAAUAUGGUUUCCCAGUUGUUGAGAAGUUUCUAAAGGGGGCUUCAAGCAUUGAUCAAAAUUUCCAUUCAGCACCAUUUGAGAAAAACAUACCUGUGCUUUUAGGUUUGUUGAGCAUAUGGAAUGUUUCUUUUCUUGGAUAUCCUGCAAGAGCUAUCUUACCAUAUUCUCAGGCCCUAGAGAAAUUUGCACCACAUAUUCAACAGGUUAGCAUGGAGAGUAAUGGGAAGGGAAUAUCAAUUGAUGGAGUGCAACUUCCCUAUGAGGCAGGUGAGAUUGAUUUUGGUGAGCCAGGAACAAAUGGUCAACACAGCUUUUACCAGCUAAUUCACCAGGGACGGGUUAUUCCUUGUGAUUUUAUUGGUGUCGUGAAGAGUCAACAACCUGUCUACUUGAAAGGGGAGUUGGUGAGUAACCAUGAUGAGCUCAUGUCUAACUUCUUUGCACAGCCAGAUGCUCUUGCUUAUGGGAAGACUCCAGAGCAAUUACUAAAUGAGAAUGUACCUCAACACCUUAUUCCUCACAAGACCUUCUCUGGCAAUCGACCGUCCCUCAGCCUCUUACUUCCCUCUCUGAAUGCUUAUAAUAUUGGACAGUUGUUAGCAAUCUAUGAACACAGAAUUGCUGUGGAAGGUUUUAUAUGGGGGAUCAAUUCUUUUGAUCAAUGGGGGGUUGAGUUAGGCAAGUCACUUGCUUCGCAAGUGAGAAAGCAACUUAAUGCAUCUCGUACAAAAGGAGAGCCAGUUGAGGGAUUCAAUUUCAGUACCACAACGAUGCUAAACAAAUAUCUCGAGAGCUAAAAUGUAUUCCUCCUUUGACAGGCAAAAUCACGUGUUCCUGCUAAUCCAACCACUGUUCUACCAAAGGUAUAAAUGUUUGGUGCUCAUGUCUAAUGGAGUUGCUACUUGCUACUUCAAUACCAAGGAGCAUCUAAUCUUGUGAUUUCUGGAUAUCAAAACCAGCAGCAUUUAAGUUUUGGAGUUGUGAUCGGUAGUCUGGUACUGCUAAAGAGUUCAGCUCUGAGAAUAAUAUUGAUUAGUUGACAAUCAUUUCGGGACUUGCAGGUAUCUGGUGCGUGGUUAAGGUUUUCUAGAAAACCCAUUCAUCAGAUAUUCAGGUUUAGGAAAAAUUUAAAUGAUAUAUAAACAUAUAGUGAUGAUCAGAAGAAUUCGGUUUUGAUAUUCGCUUGGUGAA